CUCUCUUAAAAUCUCCUUUAACCCGCCCAUUUUAAAACGACGAAUUCGAAGUGCUGGAAGACAGUGAUUUACAAUAGAGAAGGAAAUUUGAUGACUUAAGAUGUCAAAUUCCAACACUCAAUCAGGAAUUCCUCUACGGACAUCAAAGAAAGCUCCAGAGGAGGCUGCAAAAACAACCUACACCAAGAGUAAACAGAAAUCUACCAAUGUGAAGAAUUAUAAUCAGCUCAGAAAAGGAUUUACUGAAAGAAAAACGGAGAAAGAAAAGUUUCAUGACGAAACAUCUAGACUACAGAAUGAAUUAUCUGAGUACAAGGAAAGUGUAGCUGUAGCACAACAACGGUUGGACCAGGAAAGGGAACGAUUGUCAGAGCUUCAGAAGCAUGCUGAGGAGAAAGAAAAUCGUUUGACAGGUGAAAUAGAGGAGCUUCAAGCAAAGAAUAUAACCAUGGAAGAAAAAACGACCAGCUAUGAAAAAAAGCUGCUGUUGUGUAACAUCAAUCCAGUGACAUUGGAACACAUGAACGAGAGUGAAUCACAGAGAGAUUUACUGUCAAAGAGAAGAGAAACAGCAAAGGAAAGUGCAGGGUUAUUGAAGAAAAGAGUUGAAUCUUUGAAUGAAGAAUCUUCAAAAUUAUUUGAAAACAUGAAGAACUUAGGAGUUGACAUCGACAAAAUUGUGACGGAUGUAACAUCACCAUCGGAAACAAUGUGAAGAGGAUCCUAACUACCAAAUGUGUAAAAAGACAUGAGGAAAGGCAUGAAAAUAUUUUUCCAACAGAGGAGAAAUACUUGCUGGUUCUUACAGAGAUCUUGGAAAGCUGGGAAAAUAUAUAUAUAUAAUGGUCAAAAACACAGUUAAACCUUACCUACAUCAGUACAAGUGUAUAUAUUGUAUUGUACGGUCGAUGUUGCAAAUGUUUGUUAUAAGUGACUCAUCCUAUUUCGCAUAAUGAUAUUAUCUUGUAUUGUAAAAUAUUAAAUAGAAAAAAAAUAUUGGAGUUGUCUGAUGAUGUGUUACAUGUUUAAAACCAAUUUUGUAAUUGAGGCAACGAUGAUGUUAGGGGAAAUAUUAUAAAACAUCAUACGGUAUAACAUAAAAUGUUUGUGUGUACAUUCUUUCUUCCAAAUUAUUUCAUGGGUACAAACUUUUGCUGUUAACCAAUAGAACAAUGAUAAAUGCAACAUGAUUUGUUGUAUUUAUAUACAUUUUGUAUUCAUGUUUCCAUGGAAACCAUAAAAACAAUGAAAUUUUAUACACAACAAACUUUUCAUGUUACGCAGUAUAUACCAUCUCAAAAAUUACGUGGAUGCAUUGAGGUAUAUGGUCACUGGUAAGGAGAUAACUAAUGAAGAACGAAGAAACUACAUUUACUACAAUAAUACAUGAACCAUAUCUAUCCUGAAAUAAACCCAAAGGCUCAACAAAACUUCCAACUCCAAUUUGGGAGAUGGGCUUAAUAUGUCUACAGGCCUUAAUGUGUAAUUAUACUUGCUGGAGAAAACUUUGUAAGAUAUUCAUCAUUUACUGUAUUUAAUGUUCAUUGCAUGAUCACAAGACCUUUCCAUUGGUACAACAUUUGCUGACCUACUAAAAAAUUCAAUUUUGGCCUCAAUUUAUUAAUCAUGUGAGACGAGCCUUGCAUAUAUGACGUUCCUUGUCACAAGACCUUUCCAUUGGUUUUACUUUUGAAGCCCUGCUGACCUCAACUGACAUUUGACCUACUGUUCAAAAAAUUUAACCCUGGCUACAGUACUAUAUAUUAAAAGAAGAGUUUUCAUAUUUGAUGUGCGUUUCUGGUCACAAGAACUUUCCAUUGGUUCUUCUUUUGCGGUCCUGCUGAGGUUGACCAUGACAUUUGACCUACAGUCUACCCUCAUUAUAUCGCCACAUUUCAUCCGUGUCAAUUAUGGCAGUAUAACGAGGGUGGCGUAAGUAUAGAAUCAUGAAAAUUACAACAGCAAAAGAUAAUGUUGUACCAACGUUUUAAUAAAUACACAAUGAGUUAACAUAUAAGACACCAUGGUAUUGACCGUACAUUUCGUAGCUUACAAAUUCCUCGAUCGCAGAAAAAACGGACCAAGAUGACGAUAACGUCGAGGGUAAUAUAUAGGGAUUCGGGACGUUUGUAUUGUUAUGAACAUGGC